CACACCAUGUCGCUUAUCUGCUAGUUUUAUUGUUUAUAAAAUCCUUCAGUGACACUGAUGUUCAGGACGACGGGAAAAUGUCUGGCUGACAAACACUUACUAUGGAUUAUGAAAAUGUGACUAUUUUAGCAGGAAACAGGAUUCUCUGGACUUUUCUCCUCCUGCUGUGCUGUUUACUGUGUGCGGCUGGAGACGAGACGGUCAAACUGCAGGAAGUGGAAGGAACCACUAUAACUCUCCAUACUGGGAUCACUGGGAUUCAGAGUGAUGCUCAGAUUCUGUGGUCUUAUGGACCUGAGAAAGCAGAGGAAAAGAUAUUGUUUAGUCAGGUGUUUAAAGGAGAAACUGCUACAAAAAUCAGUGAGAGAUUUAAAGAGCGACUGCAGCUGGACAGAAUCAGUGGAGCUUUAACCAUGAGGAACAUCAGCAGAAAUGAUUCUGGAGUUUAUUUAUUACAAGUCAUCAAUGGACGCAUAUCAUCCAGGACUUUCAGUGUCAGUGUUUAUGCUCCAGUAUCAACUCCAGUAAUAGGAAAUCAAAGAGGAAAUCGAAGUGUGUCUUCCACAGAGCCGUGUUUCCUCCUGUGCACUGUGGAGAAUGGAGAAGAUGUGAAGUUAUCCUGGUACAGAGGGAAUGAGAGACUCAAUAUCACCAAUAACACAGAUCUCAAUGUUCCCCUCAAUCUCCCACUUCAAAUACAACUCCAUGAUAUUAACACUAACACUUAUACCUGUGUGUCUGCAAACCCUGGCAGCAAUAAAACAACUUCUCUCAACAUCGCACAGCUCUGUGAUCAUAACUCAGGACAAACUGAUCGUUCCCGUUCACUGCUUCCUGUCCUGAUAUCUGCUGCAGGUUUUGUGUUAUUAAUAAUAUCUGUAUCUGUGUGGCUUUGGCUGAAAAAGAAAAAGCAACCAGUUCCUGAAAAACCUGAACUGACUUACGCUGAUGUGAAUAUUACAGCUCACAGUGCAGAGAGCGUUAAAGAGGAAGAAAACUCGAGAGUAACGCAUGGUGAAGCGGAGAGUGACUCUGUGGUGUAUGCAGCUGUGAAGAAAUCCAGAUAAUUCAAUACAUCAGUAUAUCCUUUUUAUUAUUUUAAUCAAUUUGUUAUUAAACCUUUUUUUUUAAACAGUAUUUAUCUUGUUCACAGUUGGUCGCAAAUGUUCACUCUGUGUGUUUAAAAUGUGUAGAUUAUGUACACUGGCUGUUAAAAAGUUGACUUGCUUAUGUUUAAGAUCAUAUUUCAUCCUGUGGGAUUUGAUGGGAUUUUAGGAAGUAGAUUUCAGGGUCUCGUAACUGAUUCCUAUCUGAAGGUCUGCUGGUUAAACUUGUGUUUUUCUCAUGAACGUAUUUGUGAACUGAUUAAUCUGUUUGCUCUGAGCUGUGCUGAAAUCCUGUAAGGGUUAGGUGUGUGUUUAAUAUUAAUAUAAUAUUUGCAUGUUCUCGUUAUAUAAUCAUGAAUAGCAACAUUAAAGUCAGCUAAAAACCAAGUGUCAAAAAGGCAAGCUCAUCAGAAAUGCUUCAGAGUUUUUACUGGAACACGUCAGGUUUUUUUUUUAACGAAUCAGCAGUUUCAGUUUUCCAGCUGCUUCUCAGUGUUUAAGCUUCUCAGGUUACAGAGCUGUGAGACAGCAACCUUACCUGCUGUACCGCUGUUCCACCCUGCUUCUGUUUCCCAAAAUAUAAAUAUAUUAGUAAUUUAAGCCACAGUGAUCCUGACCAGGAUAAAGCAUGUAGUGCAGAUGAAUGAAUGAAAGCAGUAACACAUCACCGCACUGCGCAAACACCCAGCACAUGUUCAUGUUAAUAAACGUGACCUUUUAUUUCCCACAA